UUUUUGUUACAGGUGCAGAAAUUUUCAAUGGCAUCAAUUUCAGGUCCUUUCAUAGCCACGAACGACGAUAAACUACUCUUCUAUUCUUUAUUCAAGCAAGCGACCAUUGGCCAAGUGAACGUUCCAAAACCCUCAUUCUUCAGUGUUGUAGAACGAUAUAAAUGGAAUGCUUGGAAUGAACUGGGGAGAAUGCCACAAGAUGAGGCGAAAGAAAAAUAUAUCUUCACGUUGGUGGAGUUCUUGAACAAAGCUGCUGAGCAAAUGAAUAUUUUCGAAUGGUUUUCAAAGAGUGACAAUUUUGACGCAAGAAAAUUUCAACUUAUUGGUUUCAUACAAUGA